AUGGCCAACUUUGACUGGCUCAAGUCCGUCGGCGCCACAAACGAGGCCGUCGCCGUCCUCAACGAUCAGCCCAACCUCUUCGUCAAUCUCGUUGUCGUCCUCAUCGGCCUCACCCUCCAGUGCCUCUUUCUCUGGUUCAUCCACUUUGCCACUCUCAAGCCCGAGCAGAAGAGGAAGAAUCGCAAGAACAAGAAGCCCCAGGACAAUGCCAGGGGUGCCGCCACCGCCAAGAUUUGA